CCCUUUGGAUAGGACAGACCACCUUGAUGGCAUGUAGAAUUUAACCUACGGGUGAAGAGGCCAAGAAAAGAGGAGUACUGAGCUAAGCAAAUACUGUCUUAAUGGAGUUCAGGCCUCGAAAUUACAGUGCUGAGCAGGAAGCCCACGCGCUCCCUCGCUCACGCGCCGAUCACAAUCCUCUUUCCACUCCAUCUCCACCGACGUCUCCCCGAAACCAGGUGAUUGUUGCAAAUCAUGAAGAUAAUGAUUUCUUUGAUCCACUGAGAGGAGGGUAUGCUAAUGCAGCGGUUUCUAAUGAGGAUUCGCCUGAUGUUGGUUAUGCUUCUCCUUCCUGUGCCAGUGCCAGUCUCUCUAGUGAAACUGUUACUCAAAUUCCAUCUAAGGAGUGGACCUCUUUUAAGAGAUUCUUAAUGCAAAAAUUUCCUGUGUCCAAAAUGAUUUCUGUUUCUUCUAUGCCCGAUAUGAUAAUAAAAGGUGGAAAGGCAUUUGACAAAUCUAAAAAAAGUACAUAUAUAGAGGAAUUGAAUGAUUCACAAAGAAAUAAUGAAGAUGAUGCCAAGGUCAUCACUCGGCACGAGUAUGUCUCACGAAUGCAUGAGCUCAAACAUGAAAUUAUGCAUGCUUGGCAUGCUGAAGACCGUGUAACAGCUUUGAAGUUGUCUAUAAAGGUUGCUAAGCUUCUAAUGGAUACAUCAGUUCUACAGUUUUAUCCUACAUUAUUUGCUCUUGCAACAGAUGUAAUGGACAUGCUUGGAGAUAUGGUAUGGAAACGCAUCAGGCAGAAAGCUGAAUUUGCUGAAGAUGGAACCUUUCUUGGCAAAUUACCAGAGAAUUUUAAGGCAAGUGAUAUUUGCUCUGAUGCUAAGGAAACAUGCAAUAAUUGGUUUUUCAAAGUUGGUUCCGUUCGAGAGCUUCUUCCACGCAUAUAUUUGGAGUUGGCAAUAUUGCCUUGUUGGCGUUUUCUGCUUGAUCCACCUGCGGAUAAUCUCCAGAGACUGGUGAUGAUGACAAGAGGGUUAGCAGAUCCAUUGGCAUCUACAUAUUGCCGUUUAUAUAUGGUUCACUGUUCACGAAAGUUGCCUGCAUCCGAUAAGGGAUACCUGGUUACAUGUGUUAAUGACAUCAAAUUCCUAUUAAUUCAUCUUUUAUCUGCAAAGGAAACCCUGCAUGGACAUUUUUCAGGCAAAAUGAGGUUGCUUGUCAGUCUGAUCGAACCAACUAUUGAAUAUAUUAUGAAAUUCAUAUUUGAGGAUGCAUCUCAGAGGCAAGCAUACUCUGUAUUUUUGGAACUUGGACUAGGAAGGAAUCAAGCAAAUUUAUCUGAGAGUUUCCCAUGUGUCUCAAUUGUUCUUCACCAUCUGCUGAAGGAACUUCCAACCGAAGUAAUCCACUCCAAUUCUGUGGAUAUCCUGCACCUGAUUAAGUGCAAUAAUGACAAUUCUUUUGAUCAGUGUUUGAAUUAUAGGUUACUUGGAAUUAGACUAGGUGAAAGCGGAUCUCAAGUGGACAUCAUCACCUCAGUAGUGGAUGAAGUUAUUCAGGUUGUUACUCAAUAUGAUAAACUGGAUGAAUACUUGAAGGUUGUGGAUGCUUACAUGGACAUUGUUCUGCAAAAUCAAAUGGAUAACUAUUUGAACAACCUUUUAGAGGGUCUUUAUACACGAGCAUGCAAUAAAGAGAUAGUUGAAGAUGAACAGGGAAGCUUGCAGUCCAUUUUGUUGAAGCUUCUUUAUCAUUUUAAGGACUUAGACAGCGUAUUUGCUCUGAAACAUUUUCUUGAAAUCUUGGAUGUUAUGCAUGGGAGCUCUCGGAGUGUCAUUGAUAUGCAUAUUCUUAAUAUGGCAACAAGGAAUGAUCGUAUACAUGAUCCAACAACCAUACAGUUCCUUUUUGAAAUUUCUCAGUCUCUUCAUGAUGUUAUGGAUUUUGCAAAUGUGAAAGAUGAUGACAAUCAAAAGUCAGCACACCUGAUUUGUCGUUUUGUUCAGAUGGUUGACUAUGGGGCAGAGAUGGAACAGCAUUUAACAUUUUUAGUUGAAUGCCGUAGAGCCUUUGGUAGCGUAAAUGAACUUAAGGAAACUCUUGUUCACUCGAGCAAUUAUUUGGCAACUAAAGCUCUGAAAGAUAGAGAAACAAAUCUCAGUUUUGUCAAAUCUUGCGUAGCAUUUAGUGAGGUCACUAUACCUUCUAUUUCAUCUCAAGUGAGGCAGUUAAAUCUUUAUCUGGAGACUACUGAGGUUGCCUUGUUGGGUGGGUUAAUUUCUCACUCUGAUGGACUGAUUUUUUCUGCGAUAAGUUGUUUAGAAAAUGUGGACUACACAGAUGGAUCCCGGACUCCAACUGAUGUUGAUGGAAUACUCUCCUCUAUUCAAAAAUUAUGUAGCCUUUUGGUUAUGGUGCCAGGUAAUUCUGACCAAGUUUUAACAAAAAUCCCAAGUAGCAUUCUCUCUCUCAUUCAUUCCAGAUCAUGGAUGACACCAAGAAUCACAGCAAGGAUAUUUUGCGCAAUCAUCCUGUUGUUGGCAACACUUUCUCAGAAUAAGCUCCCAUACCAUUUGUGUCAUUCAGGGGUGCAGAUUCUCGGCAACGACUCGUUAUUCUUUGGUGAUUCAUCCUAUGUACACGAACUUGUUUCCUUAUCUGAGCAUGUCCUUCAGAAUCUACUUAAUGCUAUAGAACAAGAGCCAUCCAAGGCUGCUCGUGGAAGCAUUGCACUCGAAGCAUGCAACUGCAUAGCAUUUUCCUUCAAAUUAAGUCAUGAUAUGUUGCAAGUUUGCUGGAAAUUGAUUGAAGCUGCCAAGUUUUGUUUGAGCGCAAAUGACAAAUAUCUGCAGUCUACCAUCAAAUAUGUGGAUGAGCAGCUAUCUAAUUCUCAAGCAAUUCCAUCUGUGGCUAUCUGAUUUACGCAUGAGAUCAAUUGACACGUUAAAUAGGAAAAAUCUUAGGAAAUAUUCAUUUGCAUUCAAUCAAGUUUUCUCUCUUGCUCAUGACUGACAUCAACAAGAUAUUCAAAAUAAACUUGUUCUACAAAUUAUAGGUAGCAUAUUCUUUUAUUUUUUUAGGGAGGUCAGGAUAAGCAUGUUUUACAUUGUAGCUUUGUAUUGGUCAUUUCUCUUUAAUGAGAGGAAGUUAAUUUUCACUCUCUGCCCCUCGACUUAGGGGGUUGUAUCAGUGCCAUUUCUCAAAUUCAAUGUGAGCUUUGAGCUAUACUUAAGGUCCAUGUGAUUUGAUAUCACAGUUUUUUA